AUGUUCCUUAGUUACUGGUUCUACAGCCGCAAAGACGACGAGAAGAAGCACAGCUUUCGGCUGCUGGAGAGGAAGGCCGCGGCGGACGAAGAUUUGCCGAGCCAUGUCGACGUGGUGUCCAAAGUGAUCCCCAUCGAUUCAGAAGGCAAGGUCGCUCGAGGCAAUGAGAAGACCAGUGGCGAGAAGCUGGCUGAGCAGCUCUUUCAGGCAGCCAGCGACCCCACCUUCAAGCCGAACGUGGAUGUUACCUGUGCAGAGGUCUCGGCAGGCUCUGCCGGACAGCUGUCACAGUACUUUUGGGAUUCAGGGUUGCUCAAUGGGAACAAGGAGGACCCGUCGGCCCCUGUCGUCGACAUCAUCGUGGCGCCGAAUGUCUUCACCGCACGGCGUCAGGCCUCUGCGACGGGCCGCGCCGUCGCGCUUGUGAAGCAGGUCCCCGAGUAG